CUAUCUCUUCAUUUGUUAUUACAGUGUCAUUGAAAUAGUUAUUGUUUGCCUUAAAAAUAUUUUCUGUUCACCCGUUUUACGUGUCCAGUUUUAAAUAGCUAUAAAUGUACCAGUGUUCAACUGGUACUUACAUUUAUUAGUUAAUUGGUCAAUAACUUAUUCAAACUGUUCGGCAUAGGGGAAGGCGGAAACGAGAUGGCCGAGGAAGGGAGUUAUACUUUCUCGCCGGACCAUCAGGGUGGGUACCCGCGAGCUAAACAAGAACAGUACUCACUUUAUUUACGUAAGCUUCAUCAAGACUUUAUAGAUUCAUGGAACGAAAAAUCUGAAAGCAAUGCCAAGUUGUCCGACUUUGAAAGAUAUAAAGUCCUUGGCACAGGAGCUUUCGGAGUAGUGUAUCUCGUGAAACACGCAACCACUGGGAAAUACUACGCGAUGAAAGCAUUAGAAAAAGAAAAAAUAGUUAAAUUAAAACAAAUUGAACAUAGUUUUUACGAGAAGAAAAUUUUGUGCGGACUCAACUUUCCGUUUGUUGUUUAUAUGAAAUAUUAUUUUAAGGACAAUGUGUAUGUAUACUUUGUUUUACCAUUCAUAGUCGGUGGAGAAAUGUUUACUCACCUCCGUAAAAUGGGGAAAUUCGAGGAAACUUCUUCUAAGUUUUAUGGCGCUCAAGUAGUUCUCGCUUUAGAGUAUCUACAUUCAUGUGAACUGGUAUAUCGUGAUUUGAAACCAGAAAACAUUUUGAUCGAUAGAACAGGAUACAUCAAAAUUACCGAUUUCGGAUUCUGCAAAUUGAUACGGGGCCGAACAUGGACACUCUGUGGCACUCCAGAAUAUCUGGCACCUGAGAUUAUUCUUAGUAAGGGUUAUGGGAUGUCAGUAGACUGGUGGUCACUUGGCAUUCUAUUGUUUGAAAUGACUGCUGGUCAUCCACCGUUCUUUGCUUCAGAUCCUAUGAGAAUAUAUGAGAAAAUUGUAGCUGGGAAAUAUAGAUGUCCGGGUCACUUUACAACUGAACUGAAGGAUCUGAUCGGACACACUCUUCAAGUCGAUGUAACGAGGCGAUACGGGGUUCUUAAAGAUGGUGUUUUGGAUUUCAAGAAUCACAAAUGGUUCAAAGAAGUUGAUUGGGAUAACCUCUUAAAUAGUAGAAUACGCCCACCGUUUAUUCCUAAAGUGAAAUCUCCCGGUGAUACGGGAAAUUUCGAUCAAUUUGAAGAAGAAAAACUUAAAGAAAGUCCUGUAAAUCUUUUUGAGGAGGAGUUUAUAGAUUUUUAAUGUUUUAACGCACAGAAUGUUAUUUCUAUACAGCACUUUAAGACAAUAAGGACAUAAUUUACUUUAAGUACAUAAUGGUGUUUUAAGUUAAGUAGCUAAGUUAAAACUUAGCAAAUAAUGUAUACGUAUUUAUUAGAUUAAUAAAUAAGACAAUAUAUUUAUGUC